UCACCUCCAUUUGUUCAAGGUUCUAAAAUUUCUAGGGUUUCACGAUUCUUAAUAUUUUGAUUUCCAGUUUUUGCCUUUCUCUUUUUGUAUUUCACGGUUUGUGAGCUCUGCACUUGGCCGGGUCAAGUUCUUUGAGUUUUCAGUUCCAAGAAUUGAUGCGUUAUAAACAUGAUCAUAAUGGUUUCACUAGGAAGUAGGAAGUGAUAUGCUGCGACUGAAGAAUAUUUCAUGGGAUGAAAUUUGCAUCUAAAGUAUGGAUGAAGAAAUAGCCGAAGAAGUAACUCGAACGGAUGCAGAUGAAGGGGCUCACCUUCAGUGCAAAGAGGUUGACCAAUUGGUGAAACCUGACAACUGCAAUAUGUUGGUGUACCAAGAAAUGGUGAUACCGGGUGAGGUUAAUGCUCUUGAGAGUUCAUUCCAUGCUAUUGGGGAUGUGUUGGAAGGUAAGAAUGUGUUGGAACAUGGGUGUACUAGCCCUUGCACUUUUAAUGAUGACCAUGACAUGGUUGAAGAGUUAACUUUGAGAAAUUAUAAUGGCUCUAACAUACCCAUCGUUGGUACAUCAAAUAAUAGAGAAAAAAUGCAGAUGACAGGCCAGUGGCAACAUCUUUAUCAGUUGGUAGGUGGAUCAGGAAGUGGGGGUUCAUGUGGCAACAAGUACAACAGUCGGGCAAUGCCAAGUAUGCCACCGGAAGUAGGCUGUGCAGCUUUUUCUGAAUUUUUGGGCCACAAACCUUUGAGUGAUGGGCGGACUGAAGCAACAGAACAAUUGAUGGGUGGUGAAAAUAAUGAGGUUUCAGGCAGUCGGCAAUCUAGUGGAGGUAUCAAGACGAAGAUUCUAUCAAAAUCAGGAUUUUCUGAGUUUUUCGUUAAAACUACAUUGAAAGGCAAGGGUAUUAUAUGUAGAGGUCUGUCUCACGAUGUCUCUAAAGUUGAGCUUAGACAUCAAAAUAAUACAAAAUGUACUGGACAAACUAUGGUGGCGCCUAUUCCUCCUGUGAAGGCUGCUGGAAGUCCAGUGGUGGCUUCUAGUACAUCACUAAUCUUGGGUAAUAGAGCUGUUGUGAGUUCUUCCAAUGGGAACACAGUGCCGAGGGUUGGUGAGCAUGUUCAAGACGGGAUAAACUUGAGGGAAUGGCUGAAAGUUCAGUCUCAUAAAGCAAACAAAGCUGAGCGCUUGUAUAUAUUUAGACAAAUUGUGGACCUGGUUGAUUAUUCUCACUCUCGAGGAGCUAUAUUGCAUGAUUUGCGUCCUUCUUGCUUCAAGUUGCUGCAAGCUAAUCAGGUUAAAUAUAUUGGUUCAGGUGCCCAGAAAGGUACUCUGGAUUCUGUAUUGGAUAAAGAUUCCCCCCCUUCAGAAAACAUCAUGACUAGGAGAAGGCCAAUGACACAGGGGAGUUCCUCAAUUGGUCUUUGUGCUAAAAAGCAGAAGAUCAAUGAGAACCGAAACUUAACUCAAUGGCCUUUGUUUCCUUCUAGAUCUAAACUCAAAAUUGAAACCAUAAUCACCCAAUUUUCUCGCAGUGAAUCUAGUGAACAUUGUCCAAACACACAAUUUAGCAAUUCUGGGAGCUCUCAUUCUUCUAUGUCAGCUAAGCAUCAGUUAAUCUGUGUGAAUGAGCAGUUGGAAGAGAAGUGGUAUGCUAGUCCAGAGGAAUCUAAUGAAGGUGCUUGCACCAUUUUAUCAAAUAUAUACAGUUUGGGUGUGUUGCUUUUUGAGUUGCUUUGUCAUUUUGAAUCUGAGAGAGCACAUGCUGUGGCAAUGUUAGAUCUACGUAAUAGGAUUUUUCCUCCAACUUUUCUGUCAGAAAAUCUCAAAGAAGCUGGAUUUUGUCUUAGGCUACUUCACCCAGAACUAUCUUUUCGUCCAACUACCAGGGAUAUGCUACAAUCUGAACUACUUGGUGGAUUCCAGGAAGUAUUUUCAGAAGAAUUGUCUUCAUCCAUUGACCAAAAUGAUACUGAAUCAGAGCUACUACUGCAUUUCCUUAGUUUAUCGAAAGAGCAAAAGCAGAAGCAUGCCUCAAAAUUAAUGGAACAUAUUACUUGCUUAGAAGCAGAUAUUGAAGAGGUUGAGAAAAGAAGGCACUUUUCUAGAAAACCUUCAACUUAUUCUUCCAUUAAUGCGAUGGAAUGUAGGCAACUUAGUAAAGAAUCUCCAAUUUCAGAGAUGCAUUCUAGUUUAUACCCAGUUUCAAGUGACAAUGAAAUGAGGUUAAUGAGAAAUAACGAUCAGCUUGAAGCUGCUUAUUUUUCUAUGAGAUCGAGAGUCCAUUUUCACGAGACUGAUUCUAUGAGACGGUCAGAUAAGGAUAUACUGAAAAAUCGUGACCAUUUGCCUUUGGCGCAAAACAAUGAAGAAUCACCAAAUCCUGCUGAUAGCCUUGGAACAUUCUUUGAUGGAGUGUGUAAGUAUGCUCGAUAUAGCAAGUUUGAAGUUCGUGGGAUAAUGAGAAGUGGGGAGUUUAACAACUCGGCAAAUGUAAUCUGUUCUUUAAGUUUCGAUCGUGAUGAGGAUUAUUUUGCUGCUGCUGGGGUCUCUAAGAAGAUAAAGAUAUUUGAAUUUAAUUCACUCUUUAAUUGCUCCGUUGAUGUUCAUUACCCAGUCAUUGAGAUGUCAAACAAAUCAAAGCUUAGCUGUGUUUGCUGGAAUAACUAUAUCAAGAACUAUCUGGCUUCAACUGAUUACGAUGGUCUGGUUAAGUUAUGGGAUGCAAGCACCGGCCAAGCUAUCUCACAUUACAUUGAACAUGAAAAGAGAGCCUGGUCUGUUGACUUUUCUCAGGUGUAUCCAACAAAAUUAGCUAGUGGCAGUGAUGACUGUUCUGUGAAACUAUGGAGUAUCAAUGAUAAAAACUGCUUGGGCACCAUCAGGAACAUUGCAAAUGUCUGCUGCGUUCAGUUUUCUGCUCACUCCACUCAUUUACUGGCUUUUGGAUCUGCAGAUUACAAAAUAUAUUGCUAUGAUCUUCGAAAUGCCAGAACCCCCUGGUGUGUUCUCGGUGGUCAUGAUAAAGCUGUGAGCUAUGUGAAAUUCCUGGACUCAGAAACUGUAGUUACUGCUUCCACUGACAACACAUUAAAGCUUUGGGACCUCAAUAAAACUAGUAGUGGUGGCCUGUCCACUAGUGCUUGCAGCUUAACCUUCCACGGACAUACGAAUGAGAAGAAUUUUGUUGGAUUAUCCGUUGCUGAUGGUUAUAUAGCUUGUGGUUCAGAAACAAAUGAGGUGUAUGCGUACUAUAAAUCAAUGCCUAUGCCAAUAACGUCACAUAAAUUUGGGUCCAUUGAUCCUAUUUCUGGGAAAGAGACUGAUGACGACAACGGACAGUUUGUAUCAAGUGUUUGCUGGAGAGGGAAAUCAGGCAUGGCUGUUGCUACAAAUUCUAGUGGAUGUAUUAAAGUAUUGCAGAUGGUUUAAGGAGAAGUUAAUUGUUGAGAAUCAUCAAUUACUGGCCUCAUUUUGGAAUCUGAGGGUUCCCAAGUCUAUCUGGAGGCCAUCCUGGGUUCAGACAAAUAUGUCUUACAUGGAUGACUCAGUCUGCUUGGUGGCCCGUUGUGAUAUGGCUUUGAUGCAUAGUUUAUUCUUAUGCCAAAGUGUAGUCAUGGUUCCAGAUUAUCAAAAUUGGCCAGAACCAGAUUCUAGCUAAACUUUUACAGGCGUAAGAAUCAGGAAUGUCAUGACGCCUUCUGGGUUCUUGAGAUAGAGAACUAAACCAUAAAUAUGGGAAUGUGAAUUCGAGAUUGAGAUAUAUCUGUGGGAGAGGUUUUCCAUCUCGGUUGUCGGAGAGAGUGCGAUAUUAGCAUGUGGCUUUAUUUCUGCUAUUGAUCCUAGAAACAAAUGUGCAGCCCUUAUAAGUUUUUAUAAUAUAUAGGUUAUAGGUAUAAUUGAUAGUUUUACUCGAUUCUAGGGAAUUCUUCAUUGAGUUGUAA